AUGCCGCUGUCAGCCCUACUGCUUGGAGGCUUGCUAGCCUCGUCAACUUCUGCGCUGCCGGGUCGCGAUAGUCCUACCGUCCAUCGACGAGCGUGUCCUGACUACACCUCCUACGCAUCGACGCCGCAUGGCCCAUACAGUGGAGGACCCUUGAAUCUCCCCUAUCAACGCCCAGACCCUGCAUGCCGUACCUUUUCGUCGGCUUCGGUCGAACAGGUCAUUGAGGAUGUUACUUCGCGUCUGGUGGACAAAGAUCUAGCGCAACUGUUCCGAAAUGCGUUCCCAAAUACUCUAGACACAACUAUUCGCUGGCACCAGAAUGAAACGGCGGCAGUGUCAAAAAAGUCAAACAAGCGGGACUCUGCGCAAUGGACCGGCCUCCAGACGUUCAUUGUCACCGGCGAUAUCAACGCAGAGUGGCUGCGCGACUCAACCAACCAGCUCACCAACUACCAGGCCCUCGCCAAGAAGGAUAAGAGCAUCUACAAUCUCAUUUUGGGGGCAAUUCACACCCAGGCCGAGUUUGUCAUCCAGUCGCCUUACUGCAAUGCUUUCCAGCCACCUUCUGCAAGUGGCAUCUCCCCCGAGAAAAGCACUCAGAAGGACACCGUGAGCCCGCCUUACGACAAUUCUUUUGUGUUUGAAUGCAAAUAUGAACUCGAUUCCCUCGCGCAUUUCCUCCUUCUCGGCACAGAGUUCUAUGAGAAGACUGGUUCCACAGAGUUCCUGACCGACCGGUGGUAUCAGGCAUUACAGACUGUUCUCACCGUACUGGAUGCUCAAUCACAGCCGACGUUUAACUCCCAGAAUCAAUUUGUCACUAAUCAAUACACUUUCCAGCGGGAGACAAACACAGGCACAGAAACGCUCAAUUUGAAAGGUAUUGGAAAUCCCCUCAAUGGCGGUACAGGUCUCAUUCGAAGUGCUUUCCGCCCGAGUGACGACGCUACAAUUUUUGGUUACUUCACCCCCCCGAACGCAAUGAUGUCUGUGCAACUCCAAAAGAUAGCCAAAGUCAUCAAAGCUGCCGGUGGUCCAGAUGAUGUCGCCGAGAAGCUGGAGCGCCGCGGUUCCAGCUUGGCGAAUUCCGUGAAAGAGCAUGCGAUCAUCAAUGAUCCCAGAUACGGCGAUGUGUAUGCUUUCGAGGUCGACGGCUAUGGGUCCCGAACCCUGAUGGAUGACGCCAAUAUUCCGUCUCUACUAUCACUCCCGUACCUUGACUUUCUCGACAAGAAGGAUGAGACGUAUCAAAACACUCGCAAGAUGAUCACUGAGAAAGGUGGCAAUCCAUACUAUCUCGAGGGUCCUGCCUUCCACGGAAUUGGCGGUCCGCACAUUGGGCUCGAAAAUGCCUGGCCGAUGUCCCUGUUGAUGCAGGCCAUGACUUCCGACAAUGACACGGAGAUUCUCGACUGCAUCAACUUGGUUCGUGACUCUAGCUUACUGGGUCUCGUCCAUGAGUCAAUCAAUGUCACCAACAUCGAGAUCUACACUCGUCCUUGGUUCGCGUGGGCCAACUCCGUCUUUGCGCAGACCAUUCUAAAGGUAGCGAAAGAGCGGCCGCAUUUACUCUUUGGGGACAACGCGGAAGCCUAUGUCAUUGACUAG